AUGCCGCGCCCUGCCCCAAAACGAACGCGCCCCUUGAAUAAACCUGCGAAUGCGACGGAGACUGCGCGCCAGAAUGAUCCUCCCAAGUCCCCUGGGCAGGGGUCAACACUGGAUCCUCGACAAGCUCUCCGAAAUCAGACCCCUAUGACCAAAAGUUAUGAACAAGCAAUCGAGUCGUCGCCCACUGGCGAGCGGCCAGGUACCGGUAGCCGACCGGGCACCGGCAGUCGUCCUCCGACGAGAUCGCGUGGCUACUCAUCUACUUUAUCCUUCGCCGGUCGCAAAGGCGACAUGGGCUCGCGCAUUCCCGGAACGCCUGGAUUUGAGAGUUCCGUCUUGAGCAAUUUUCGACGGCGGCCGCGACAGGAAAGUAUUCUGCAGAUGAUGCAGGCUGAAGAUGGCUCAUCCGAACUCGACGACGACGACUUUCUCGGUGGGCUCAGUCCGCAGGAUGAAUCUACGCCGCUGAAUCUUUCCCGAGGGAAAUCUCUUCUGAUCAAGCCGCAUGAACAAUCACCAUCAGAGCCCUCGUCACCCUCGGCACCCUCAUCCAGCGGAUCGCGCAAACGACGCAAACGCACCGAAGAAGUCCAGGUGCCCGAGUCGCCCUCAGGAGUGGUGCAGGACAGCCCAACCGCCACCCCGGUCGUGCGCGAUGAACAGCCGUCCCAUGUUUCGGAGGACACACCACGACCUUCACAUGCCCCGGAGAAUUUCAGCCAGACCAUGGCACUGCCGGCUAGCAGUCCGGUAUGGAGCCCUCAAAGCUCCGCGGGGGUCGGGCGUUCGCCUCAGAUCCCUGGCCGUCAGGUCCCCGGAAAGAACAAAUCGAGCGAAACAGCUCAUCUAACGACGGCAGCUCUGCAAAACAAGCUUCUGUCUCGACAUCAGCGUCAGCGCAAACAAUGCUCGGGUGGCGACGAAAGUGACAGUGAACCACAUGAUGCUGCAUCGGGCGACGACGAUGAGUUAAGCUACCUACCAACCAGGAAGCCCUCACGGCGGGGAGGGGCAAGCAAACCCAAGCCAUUAGCCAACGCGCGCGAUAAGUCCAAGCUCAACCAAGAAAAACAGAAGGCCAAAGCAAAAUCGAGGCCUUCGCAGCCCCCAGAGCCAAGACAACCGGCCACAUAUUCGCGUUCCCGAAGAGGAGUCGAUAAGGAAAACGAACAGCUCGCCUUGUCGUCAUCAUCGCCGUUGUCUUCGCCUCCAGAAUCAGACGCGGACGAUUCGGAUGUUGCCGAGACGAGAUCAACCCCGCGCUACACGAGCGCGGAGCUACGAGCUCAGGCCAAGAAGUUUGCGGAGGUCGACCGGUGGGAAAUGGAAUUUGAGGAUGUUUCUGUGUCGGAAAACUAA